CUCCAGGGGUUGACGUCGAGUGCAACAGCAACAACAUGACCAUCGUCAUCCCCAAGUCCCUCCUCCGCGGUCUCGACCGUGAGCAUCUUCGACUCCUGGACACGACCUGUAGAGCAAGAGAAACCAACACUCAUUUUUUCCUAACGACUCCACUGAAUGGCUGUAACACGACACGCAGGUUUACACCUACAGCUAUCGUCUACUCCAACGCUGUGUUGGAAAUCCCUGUGGCUGCCAAGGGCGUAAUAACACGCGUACGUGAAAUAGAAAUACCAUUCAGCUGCUAUUUAUCCAAGUACGGCGUGGUAUCAUCUGUUGCCAGUUGGAAGCCAAGUAACAGAAAACUCGUGUUCAGUGAUGAAGGCAAAGGAAACUUCACACUUUCGCUGAAUAUGUUCCCUGACAACAGAUUCGUGAGUCCUUACAUGAAAGACGACUUCCCUAUUGGUGUGGUGCUGCGCGAACGUCUGUAUUUUGAAGUGUUAGUCACCUCUGAUGACAAGCAGCUGUCGAUAAUUGCUGACAGAUGCUUCGCAACCCCUACCCAGGAUCAGUCUAACCCCUUAAAGUACGGGUUUAUAAAGAAAGGAUGCCCCAAUGACGUAACUGUGCAAUACCAUUCUGCGCCAUCAGUCAGUGCUCAGCGGUUUAGCCUUGAGGCCUUUAAGUUUAUUGCAGGUCAUCCGUUUGUGUUUGUCCACUGCCACGUGACUGUAUGUAACGCAACUGACCCAGACUCUCAGUGCGUACAGAAAUGUCCUUCGAGUGGCCGAGGGAAACGGGCGGCAGGUGGUCAAAUGACUGACAAGUACUUUUUGGCAGAGGGUCCUCUUCAUCUAGCUCGUAACAAACGCGAGGAAAAGCGCGCAAAUAACUUCAGAACAAAUGGUUCCGGUUCUUUCCUUCUGAUGACUCUCCUUGUGAUUUGCGCCGCUUCAUUGGUGGGUACCGCGCUGAUGAUCUUCAAGAGGUCACGUGACAAGCCUGCUGGUUACACUUUGCUUGCAUAUGGAGAUCAGCAACACAACUAGCGAA